GAGUUAAAUUCGGCGCCGUAUGUCGGAAACUGCAGCAGCACACAACUGACACAGAUGGUGUCAGUCCAGGACAUUCAAGGGGGAUGGCCAUGGAGUGCUGCGCAAUGACUCUGAUGACAUGCAACUUGCUUAACAGUACAAGGUUCACUGGCCAGAUGUUGCAGUGAUUCACAGUUGUCUGGAGAAGGAAGGGCGUGUGUGUGUGUGUGUGUUCUCUGAGAAUUAACGUCACAAUUGAAGAUAACUGCGACAAUAGCAAGGAUUAUUUUGGAGGAGUCAAUUGGGAGAGCCGGUCCAGCUUUCUAUUUACACUGUUUGUCAGGCAGGUUGUGGUGCUCUCUCUCCAGUGAUGGAUUAUGCUAGGAAGUCUCUCGACCUCCUGGCCCUGUCUUCCUUCUCCAAGUGUGUGACUGCCAGCAUGUCAGCCAGUGCCUCCAUGACACAGCAGCUUCUGUCACGACGACCACCUCGUCCAAAACCUUUCCGGGUGACUAAUGCUGACCGCAGUUUGAAGAAGGGCAUCAUGGCGGAUGCGUUAGAAGACCUGAUCAACAAGGUGAGCGAUUCAUUAAAUGUGCUGUGUGCCAGUGGCUUGGUGCUCGAUGAAGAUGGCACAGGUGUGGACACGGAGGAGUUCUUUGCCACGCUGCCUGAAAACACUGUCCUCAUGGUGCUAGAGAAAGGACAGAAGUGGAACCCAUAUCAGAACAGCCCCUCCAGAGACGAGCUCUGCAAACGCAGGGCGCACCACCGGACAGAUGUGGCCAAGCUGACCUUUGACCUGUACAAGAACAACCCCAGCGAUUUCAUUGGCUGCUUGAAUGUCAAGGCAACACUGUAUGGUGUUUAUUCCUUGUCCUAUGAAGUGCGCUGUUAUGAGGCCAAAAAGAUGCUGAAGGAGGCUUUGCGGUGGACCGUUUUCUCCAUGCAGGCCACUGGCCACAUCCUGCUGGGCUCCUCCUGGUACAUGGAGCAGCUUCUGGAAGAGGAGCGAGGAGAGGAAAGCGCAGAGGGGAGCCUGAUCCUGCAUCAGGGGAGCCGAAUCGGCUGUGUAUGGCAAAGUGGUGCCUGGUCAAGUCGGCGUAAUUGGCAACAGGUCCAGCGGUCUCUCCCCUGCACCCCUAAUUGUUCCCUGGCUGCCUCUGUCCUGUCGGCUGGAGUGAGGGCUCGUGGAAAUGAAUAUUACUGAAUGAAAACUGGAUGGCGCAGUUGGUUAGACAAGUGCCAAAGACGGUGCAAUAAACUGGAUGGCUCUGACAAAUUGCCUUAGAGGUUGACUGAGUGGAAAGUCACGAUACACCAUACCUGUCUAAUUCGUUGUUGUUUUUUAGUAUAGAUGCUCUAUAAACAGUGGGGACAGCACAACAAAAAAUGAAUUUGAAAGUGUA